UCCACCAACCCGCUGCUCCGUCCUCGACCCGACCUGCACCUCCUCUCUCCUGCUCCGACAUGCACGCGGCUGGCCUUCCUACCCCCCGUCGCCUGCUUGUCUCUUCUUCUUCCUCCUCCGAACCGCGGCCACGGGUAUAAAUGCGCCGCGCCCUGCCGUGUUCCAGAGAGAGACAGAGACGGAGAGAGCGAGAGGCGGUCUCGCCGUGCCGUGCCGUGCCGUGCUCGCCUGACCAUCUAUCGCGUUGCCGAGGCCGCCCUGCUAAAUUUGGCAGCGAAUUAAUCAGCAGCCAGCCAUUACUUACUGUCUCACUGCAGUUAUAUUCCUCACCGGCUGCUGGUGGUUGGUCGUCAGGCUCGGUUCUUGCAAUGAGCGACGUCUCCGGCCGCUUCGUGGUGGCCGCGGCCGUGGUCGCCGUGUCGCUGGCGGCGGCGGCGGCGUCAGCGGCGCACGACUACGGCGACGCGCUGUCCAAGAGCCUGCUCUACUUCGAGGCGCAGCGGUCGGGGCGGCUGCCGUACAACCAGCGCGUGCGGUGGCGCGGCCACUCGGGGCUCACCGACGGGCUCGAGCAGGGGGUGGACCUCGUCGGCGGGUACUACGACGCCGGCGACCACGUCAAGUUCGGCCUCCCCAUGGCCUUCACCGUCACCCUCCUCUCCUGGGGCGUCCUCGAGUACGGCGCCGGCGUGUCCGCCGCCGGCGAGCUCGCGCACGCGCUGCAGGCCAUCAAGUGGGGCACCGACUACUUCGUCAAGGCGCACACCGCGCCCACCGAGCUGUGGGCGCAGGUCGGCGACGGCGACUCCGACCACUACUGCUGGCAGCGGCCCGAGGACAUGACCACCUCGCGCCGCGCCUACAAGGUGGACGCCGACCACCCCGGCUCCGAGGUCGCCGCCGAGACCGCCGCCGCCAUGGCCGCCGCGUCCCUCGUGUUCCGCCGCGCCGGCGACGCGCACUACGCGCACCUGCUGCUCCACCACGCGCAGCAGCUGUUCGAGUUCGCCGACAAGUUCAGGGGGCGCUACGACGAGAGCGUGGAGGUGGUCAAGAGCUACUACCCGUCGUCCAGCGGGUACCAGGACGAGCUGCUGUGGGCGGCGCUCUGGCUGCACCGCGCCACCGGCCGCCGCGACUACCUCGACUACGCCCUCGCCAACGCCGACGACUUCGGCGGCACCGGCUGGGCCGUCUCCGAGUUCAGCUGGGACAUCAAGUACGCUGGACUCCAGGUCCUGGCAUCUGAGCUGCUGGUGGAGGCGAAGGAGCGGCGGCUGCGGCUGAGCCCGGAGCAGCGCGCGGUGGUGGAGCAGCUCCGCUCCAAGGCGGAGUACUACGUGUGCUCGUGCAUGAACCAGAACCCCGGCGGCGCCGAGCACAACGCCGGCCGCACCCCGGCGGGGCUCCUCUUCAUCCGCCCCUGGAACAACCUCCAGUACGCCUCCGGCGCCGCCUUCCUCCUCACCGUCUACUCCGACGUGCUCUCCGCCCUGGGCGAGCCCCUCCGCUGCGGCGGCGCCGGCGGCGAGGAGGGCGGCGCCGCCGGCGACGCCGCCGACGUGCUCGCGUUCGCCAAGUCCCAGGCCGACUACAUCCUGGGCAGCAACCCGAUGCGCACCAGCUACCUGGUGGGCUACGGCGCGGCGUACCCGCGGCGGGUGCACCACCGCGCGGCGUCGAGCGCGUCGUUCCGGCACGACCGGGACUUCAUCGGCUGCCUCCAGGGGUUCGACUCGUGGUACAGCGCGCGGCGGGAGAACCCGCACGACCUCGUCGGCGCCGUCGUCGGCGGGCCCAACGGCGAGGACGUCUUCACCGACCACCGCGGCAAGUACAUGCAGACGGAGGCCUGCACGUACAACACAGCGCCCAUGGUCGGGGUCUUCUCCAAGCUCAUGCAGCUGGAGGGGCAGCAGCCGCGGCGGCGGCGGCCGGAGGAGGCCGGGCCGGCGCCGGCGGAGGACCUUUGAUAGGAGAAGGGUUCGAUUCCUUUCGGAAUUUCGAUGGCAUGGCGGAAAAUAAAAAAAUCAAAAGAGCAAAAAAAAAGUGAUAUUGAUUAGGAUGGAUGUAUACGAGAUUCAAUUCUUUUUGUUGAUUCCUAGAGAACAGUGUUUGUUUCUUGUUUUGCACAUAGAAAUGGAUCGAAAAGAAAAAAAAUCACAAAUUCCAAGUGAAUUGUAGCAAUUUCAAAAAAUAUAAUCGGCCUAUUAUUUUGUUUCU